AUGCCAUCAAUGAAUCCAGAUGGAUUCGAGGUCUCGAAAGAAGGAACCUGCGACGGCAGCCAAGGAAGGUACAACGCCAGAGGUUUCGAUUUGAACCGCAACUUCCCGGACUACUUCAAGCAGAACAACAAACGCACCCAACCGGAGACGGAGGCCGUCAAAGAGUGGAUAUCGAAGAUACAAUUCGUGUUGUCGGGCAGCCUCCACGGUGGCGCUUUGGUCGCCAGUUAUCCAUUCGAUAGUACGCCGAAUUCCCUUUUCCAGAGUUUCUCGGCGCCGUCGCUGACGCCCGACGACGACAUCUUCAAGCACUUGUCGCUCACCUAUUCGACGAAUCACGCGAAAAUGAGCAGCGGCGUCUCCUGCAAAACGUCCAGGACUUCCUUCAAAAGGGGCAUCACCAACGGGGCGGAAUGGUAUCCGCUGACGGGUGGCAUGCAGGAUUACAACUACGUGUGGUACGGAUGCAUGGAGGUGACUCUGGAAGUGUCUUGUUGCAAAUAUCCACCCGCUCACGAGUUGCCGAAAUACUGGGAGGACAACAAACAGGCUUUGAUUAAAUUUUUGGGCGAGGCCCAUCGAGGCGUCCAGGGAUUCGUGAUGGACGAAAACGGCAAUCCGCUGGAGAAGGCGUCGUUGAAGAUCAAAUCGCGUGACGUCGGCUUCCAAACGACCAAGUACGGCGAAUUCUGGAGGAUCCUCUUGCCGGGCAAGUACAAAAUGGAGGUGUACGCUGACGGUUACAUACCCGAAGAGAUACCGUUCAUAGUCGUCGAUCAGCAUCCCACGUUGUUGAACAUAACGUUGCGAGGAGCUAAGAGAAAAGAAGGACAAUUUUACCAAGCGCCGCCUCCGCCGAUGUACCACCGACCGAUUUACCAACAACAACAUGCGCAGGAGACCGGCAUCAUGUCAUCGAUAACCAACGGUCUGUCGAAUCUAGUGAAUUAUUUCGGUUAG